UAUAUUUUAUUUUGCCCGUUGAUUGCUAUCCAUUUAUCUGUAGAUCGUAUUUAAAGUUCGUUUUUGAUUUGUGUUCGGUUCUGCUCUUGUGUUUUUUGUAUUUUUUUAACUGUAGACAAUGGUUUUUAAGUGUUGUGUUCCUAGCUGUAAGAAUUACCAAAAAGAUGUCCAAAUGCAUAUGUUUCCGAAGGAUCGAAUAGUAAGUAUUAACACGUGUUACAUAGUAUAAACCAAGAUAGUUUCCCUUCCUUUGCGAUUCCCAUAUAUUUUUAUCGUAUUUUUGUACUAAAAAAGAAUUGGUUACUAUAAAUUAUAUUUUUACUUUUAGGUUUUCGAUAUUUGGUUACAAAGUAUUGGAAGGACUGAUUUAACACUGAAAUCUCCUGAAAGCGUUCGUAAAAAUUACCGUGUAUGCCAUUACCAUUUUGGAUUAGAUGCGCACUUUGUAUGGGGGAACCAGAAAUAAGUCUCUGAUAAAGAAAGAUGCUGUUCCAACAUUAUUUUUACAUGAGCCAGGUAGUAGUGCUUCUAAUAAAGAAUCUUUUAAACAUCAAGAACAACUUAAUCUGAAAGAAGAAAUGGCAGUAUUACCACCUCAAGUUCUGCCAAGUUCACCAAUCCCUUCAACUUCUGCUGUUGUUCAGACUCCUUCUCCAAAGAGUAACUAUAAAACUUCAACCCCCGCCAAGGUAGCAAAUUUAAGAAAGCGUGUAAACUUAUUGGCACGUUCCCAUACAAGAAACAUUUCUGACCUCACACCAAAGACUAAGAAAUACUACCGAAUUGCAUCAGACCUACGAAGAACUGCUAUACGACUGGACUUGAAUCGCAUCGAUCUUAGAGAAAGAUUAAAAAAUAUGGAAGAUGUAACCACUUCAGCAGGUUUUCUCAAGGCGAAACUAAAUAAACAGACAUACGAGUUUGUUUUAUCCCAGCUGAGAUGUCAUUUAUACUAUUCUCUAAAUGAAAAAAUAUUUUUUUAUCACUGCUGA